GAUGUUUGGUGCGCAUGAAUGAUACAUGUUGUUGGGUGGUAGACCAAGGAAGAGUUGAGAAGUGGUUGAAUUAGGUUAAGAAACGUCGAGACUCGAGAAUUAAAUUAGCACAGGAAAAUGCUGUAUUUCAGAUCUAUCUAAACUAUGCUUACACGGAAACCGAUGAUUCUGGCGUUGAUGACAUGUACGGAUGUGUAGUAGAAUGUCAAUUAAUGUAAAUGAUUAAGAAGUUUACUUUAUAAUUUCGAGGCCUAGAAUUCGGUCCCUUCACGCGGCACUUUGUGCAAAUGCCUCCUGCUAAAGACUCGAGUCGACCUAGGCCUCGCAAGCAAAUACGGCUGAACGGAAACUCUGGGGAAUCCUGUCACAUGAUUCUAUUAAUACCUAAAUAUUACAUUAAGAAUACAAGUGUCUGUGGAAUACACAACCACUUAUACUAUGAUACAAUAACUAUGUAAUUCUGUCAUCGAACUGCUGGGAUAAUCACCGUCAAAAUCGACUCAAAAUCUAUCAUAUAUUAUUUAUAUUUGAUUGCAUGUUUACCAGAAUUUAGGUUCCCGUUUUUUUUCCCCCUCAUACAACAGACUGAUUAUGCGUGAAUCAGUACGCGCGUGAGAAAUAAAUUGAAUAAUCAAGCGUAUUACAUAUAUGACUUUAAUUGAUUUAAAUAUUGAUAUCGAAUCUCCAUAAUUAAUUAAAAAUAUAGAAAAGAAUAAUUAAAGAUAUUCUUGUGAAAACAGUGGGAAAUUUAAUAUUUUAAUUAGUUUUAAUAACGGAAGUCGACUUUCAGUGCAUGACACGUGUUAUGUCAUCAAUAUGCCUAGCAUCUUUGGUCAGGCAAAUCGAAGCUGUCGAGAAAGGAAUUAAGGCAUGUCGAACACAUAUCGAACGGAUAGACAAAUCAUUGCGGGAGAAAAAUCUUGCAGAUAACGAAAGGUUGAGUUUUCUAGACUGUCAAGACCGGUUACGAAAGCAAAUUAAGAAACAUGAGAAAGAAUUAACAGCUCUUCAAUAUGAAAACAUCAAAAGUAUGGUGCUGGCAGCCAUUUUCUUUGGAAUCCUAUGUAUAAUAUAUGCAAUCAUACAUAUCAAAUGACUGCUUGCAGCAAUUUAUACAAUGUAAAGCUAUAUAAAAUAAAUACAUUUUAUAAUAA